AUGAGGUCUUCAAGUACAGAGUCCUCUGAAGUUGAAAUCUCAACCUUAUAUGACUAUUAUGAUAAUUAUAACGAUGCUCCAAAACCAUGCAGUAAGGAAAGCAUCAAGAGGUUUGCAGCCUCCUUCCUACCUGUUCUGUAUAUCCUAGUAUUCCUGGUUGGGCUCAUGGGAAACAUUCUGGUCAUUGUGGUCCUCUUCAAAUACAAGAGGCUGAAGAGCAUGACUGAUGUGUACCUGCUAAACCUCGCCAUCUCAGAUUUGCUCUUUGUUUUAUCCUUGCCGUUCUGGUCUUAUUUCACGAUAGACCAAUGGGUUUUUGGAACUCCCUGGUGUAAAAUCAUUUCGUGGAUCUACCUGGUCGGGUUUUACAGUGGGAUAUUUUUUAUUAUGCUUAUGAGCAUAGACAGAUACCUGGCAAUUGUUCGUGCAGUGUUUUCCUUGAAAGCAAGGACUGCCUUCCACGGCUUGACUACUAGCCUUGUUGUAUGGUUAGUAGCUCUUUUAGCCUCUGUUCCAGAACUUGUAUUUAGAGAAUCUUUUAACGAACGUAAUUAUACUACCUGCAAGCCGAGAUAUCCAGGCAAUUUCACAACAUGGAAACUUUUUUGCACUUUGGAAAUCAACAUUUUAGGGCUCCUAAUCCCUUUUAUAGUUAUGACAUUUUGCUACUCCAUGAUCAUUAAAACAUUAGUUCACUGUAGAAAUGAGAAAAAGAAUAAGGCUGUGAGGAUGAUCUUUGCUGUCAUGAUCAUGUUUUUCUUCUUUUGGACCCCUUACAACAUUGUUAUUUUCUUACAACUGCUGGAAAUUAUCGGAGUCAUUAAAAACUGUCAGGUGAGCAGGAAUCUGGACUAUGCUUUCCAGGUAACGGAAAUCCUCGGCCUUUUUCACUGUUGCCUCAAUCCAGUCAUCUACUUCUUCAUGGGUGAAAAAUUUAAGAAGUACCUGAAGAUGCUUUUCAAGAACUGGCGGUUACCUGGAGAUAUUUGCAAGUCGUGUGGAGUUCACAUCACUUACCACACUGAAUCUACCAAUUCAUUCCACACACAAUCUACGGGGGAUCAAGACGCUCUGUAA